CACUUUUUCUGAACUUUUUCAGUUUUUUCUCUUGAAAAUUCGCUCAAAUUUAUGCUUUUCUUUCCGUUCCCCCCAAUAAAUUGCAUCCUUUAUAGACGUUCAAUAAACAUAAGGACGUUUAGUAGUUCAUAGGAAGUUCUAAGCCAAAAUGGAAACCGAUGACUUGCAUGGCUCGACCACAUUGAAAGAAAUUCUGCCUCUAAAAUGGACCUGGUCCAUCACGAAGAGACGUCGGCCACUGGAUGACCCGUUCUUCGAAGAAGGAAACAUUGUCUGCAACCUGGAGGUCAACCAAUGGACUGUGUCGGAAGAUAUCGAAGAAAUACUGCAACUCUCAAGUGUACCUGAAUUUUCCUGCCAUUUGUCUACCUGCCAGAAAAGAUUCAACUCCAUAGCUGGAUAUGAGUUACAUUAUAAUAGUGAGCACCGGCACACUUGCUCACAAUGCCACCGGACGUUCCCCAACCUCCACAUCCUAGAUAUUCACGUGCUGGAGUGGCACGACUCCAUGUUUCAACUCCUGUCGCAAAAACAGAAUAUGUAUGAAUGUCUCAGGGAGGGAUGUGGUAAAAAAUUCCUCACCGCCAAGAAUCGCAAGAAUCAUCUUAUCAAAGCGCAUCAGUAUCCAGCCAACUUUCGAUUUGAUAGACCACAACAAGGUGGCAAAAAGAAAAAGGAUGCAAAACAAACCACGGAACAACCUGUCAACGAGAACAGUCACGGUGAUGCAACCCCUGUGGAGAUGGAUGCGGACGUAUCAAAAGAAAAUGUGGAGUCAGUUGCCAUGACGGCAGAUGGCGAUGCUGAGGAUGCGGCUCCAAAAAGCCGGUUUCAAUACAGCUAUAAAGUCCCAAAGAACAUCUGUUUCGGCCAAGGUUCCCAGCGAGGAUUUCAACGUCCGCCUGGUGGCAAGGGAAAGAAACAUGGGCGGAAGAAGCAUUGGCACCAAAAGCAGGAGGACUCGAUGGAUACUAGCGUCAAUAUAGAAAAAGUUGAUAUGAAUGAAUUGGCUGAUGUUUUGGACAGUAGUUGAUGACAAGGAUUUCUAAAUCUUGAAAAAAUGGCGAUGUGUUUGAAACAUCUCGUUCAGUUUGUCCUGAUAUCGGUAGGACAACAGCAGGAAGUGAAAAAAAAGGCAGCAAACAUUACCGAUUGACCGUAAAGCUUUUGAUGAACUUUCAUGACAUCUGAAAUCCGAUUGUACCUGGUCUGAAUGCAUUCUGUUAUAAUGUUUGUAUAUUUUUUUGUUAAUAAAAUCAAUUA